CAGGGCAAUUUUUUAAAGGCGGGUUAAAAAGUGGAAACUCCUGAAGCCUGUGUAUAAAAACCACUUCAGAAGCGUUGUUCAGAAGUCUCCCGAGUUUGCUUGAAGACAUCACACAAACUUUCGCAAUCACAAUGCCGUCAGCUCUGAACAAAGCGCUCUUCCUGUCUGUCAUACUGGCAGUUUCCAUCUGUCUCAUGGUGGAUGCUGUGCCUGUGUACAGCAGAAUGGGGGAGUUAUCUGAAACAUCUGGGGAUGAAGUUCAGGAUGUGGAUGUGAAUAGUCCUCUGAAAGACCGGCAGAAAUGGUAUCUGAUGGCAAGAGAUCUGCACAAGGAUGUCAAGACUCUGCGAGAUGAACAGUUUGACAGAGAUUUCAGAGAGACGGUGAAUAUGACGGCGUAUGAAGGUGUCAGGAUCAGCACGCCUCUCCUCAGACCUUCUGACGGCUGUCUGUCCAGAAACUUCAGCACAGAAAGGUGUCUGGGGCGCAUUUACAGUGUCCUGACGUGGUAUAAAGAGAACUGGAACUACAUCGAGAAGGAAAAUCUGACCUCAACCCUGGUCAACGACAUCAAACACGAGACCAAACGAUUGCUGGAGGCCUUUAACAGCCAGCUCCAGGUGAGUGAAGGACAGAUGGAUCCGAUCUCCAGCAGUCCUCUGCCGGUCAAAUCCGCAUGGAUGCACAAGACAACCGUACACUCGAUCUUGUUCAACUUCACCAGCGUCAUGAUCGACACAUGCAGAGCCGUCAAUUACAUGAGCAAGAGGAAGGGUGGACACCGGGGAAAAGACGUGAAGAAACCCAGUGACUGGACCUCUGAGAAGAACUAAUCAAUGCUAAUUUAUUUGACUUAUAUAUUUAUUUAUUGACCAUUGCAAAUAUUUGAUUCAAGGGCAUGAUAAUUUAAUAUUUAUGAGUCUGUACUUUUAACUUAUUGAAUGUCUCAUUUGUACAACGCAAUAUUUAUAAAUGUAAUAUUUAUGUGUGUGUACUUUUAUUUACUCCUGUACUACUUCUGUACUUUCAUUUGUACAACACUGAAAAUCUGUGCGGAUAAAUAUUUAUUAAACAUGUUUAGUUUAUUAGAAACUGAACGGCGAGCACAUCCUGAGAUUGUUUACAAUGACCUAUUCAGAUUAAAAAAAACCAAGACAAUUCAA